CCGCCAUUAAAAAUCAGAAGAAGAAAAAGAAGCGUCUCUCCUUCUUGUUGUCUCGCUGAAGCCAACAUGGCGGCUCCUCUGGAGGUGGUAAUCAGCAGCGAUUCGGGCUCCCAGCUCUGGAACUGCACCGUCUUCGACCUCCACAGCGGCUCCAGCCUGCUCUCCUACCGGGGAGGGAACUCUGCGGCCCGGAGCCUCGCCGUCCUGCGGGGGGAGUUUCUGCUCAGCGCGCAGCUGGGGAAAAACUUCAUCAAUGUGUGGGAGAUCCAGAGGAAGGACCAGCUGCAGCAGAAGAUCGUCUGUCCAGGUGUGGUCACCUGUCUCACCGCCUCACCUGACGGGGCUUUCCUCGCUGCAGGAGUCGCCGAGGCGGUCUACCUGUGGGAGGUGUGCACAGGUAAGCUGCUGGCAGUGCUCAGUCGACACUAUCAGGACGUCACGUGUCUGAAGUUCACCGACGACAGCAGCCAUUUUGUUUCUGCGGGCAAAGACAACCUGGCACUGGUGUGGAACGUGUGCAGUGUGGUCCAGAUGGAUUUAAGCCACGCCCCCGAACCACGCCACGUCCUGUCCCGCCAUUCUCUGCCAAUCACAGACCUGCACUGUGGUCACAUGGGAGCUCAGGCCAGAGUCGCCACAUCAUCGCUCGACCAGACCGCAAAGGUGUGGGAGCUCUCCUCAGGUGAGCUGCUGCUGUCCGUCCUCUUUGACGUGGAGAUCAUGUCGGUAACCUUUGACCCCUCAGAGUACUUCCUGUUCUGUGGAGGACGUGAUGGGAACAUUUUUCAGGUGUCUCUCUGCAGCCAGAGUCUGAACCGGGAGAAGUCGUUCCAGUCGGACGGCGAGGGAAACCAGGUGUUCAAGGGCCACAGGAGCCUGGUCACCUGCCUCUCCGUGUCCAUGGACGGGACGCUGCUGCUGUCCGGGUCACAGGACGAGACGGCCCGCCUCUGGGACGUCCAGAGCCGGCAGAGCGUCCGCUGCCUCGCACACAAAGGUAAGCCCCGCCCGCCUCUCUGAUCUGCUUCUGGUUCU